GAGGCGCUGCGGCAGCAGCCUGGGAAGUGUGAGGAGAGAGAGGCGGGCGGGGGAGGGGAGAGUGUCACCGAAUACCGACAGAGACACCGGUACACCCGCCGGGGACCGACUCCGCCAAUGCCGAAUAAGAACAAGAAGGAGAAGGAACCUCCAAAGGCGGGAAAAAGCGUCAAAAGCGGGAAAGAAGGACAAGAAAAUCCCGACCAUGAAGUGUCCAACAAGAAGGCGAACAACACUCCCCCUCCAGCUCAGGUAUCGAAGAUUAAGGUACCUACCCCACAGACGGUGGUGAAGAAGGAGAAGCGGCAGAGUUCCUCCAGAUUCAACGUCAGCAAUAACCGGGAACUGCAGAAGCUGCCGGCACUCAAA